UCCGGGCAUUUCCUCACUUUUCUUUUUUCGUCUCAUGCUGGGCUAUGUCUCACGGGCACAGCCACGGCGGGGGCAGCUGUUGCCAUGGCGACGAUCCUGAAGAGCCUCCCGAGCGGCGUGGCCAGGCCUGGGGCCUUUACUUGCGCAUUGACCGCGAGCGGUUGGAGUGCCUGAACGAGCGCAGGGAGGGCAGCGGGAAGCUCGUCUUCCGCGCCUGGGAAGACCGCGGCGAUCGCCAGCAGUUCGUUGAAAGUGAUGAUGAUGAAGAGCUUCUAUUUAAUAUUCCGUUUACAGGCAAUGUGAAGUUGAAAGGGAUAAUUGUGAUGGGAGAGGAUGGUGACACUCAUCCUUCAGAAAUGCGAUUGUUUAAGAAUGUCCCCCACAUGUCUUUCGAUGACGCUGCCAGAGAGCCUGAUCAAACGUUCAGCUUGAACCAUGAUGUUACAGGAGAACUGGAAUAUCCUACAAAAAUUGCUCGCUUCUCAAGCAUUCAUCAUCUCUCCAUCCACUUCUCAAAGAACUUUGGUGCUGAGACAACAAAGAUCUUUUACAUAGGCCUGAGGGGAGAAUGGACAGAGGCUCACCGCCACGAAGUGACCAUCUGCAACUACGAGGCAGCAGCGAACCCAGCUGACCACAGAAUUGAUCAGAUCACACCGCAGACGCACUUCAUUUCUUAACUUUGGAGGCUUGUUCUGUGCAACAGUUGUGCAAACUCAGAUCACUUGCGGCGACAAGGAGUGUCAUAGCUUUAAUUCUUUUCAUGCCCAAGUGUUUUUUUGGAAAAGCAGUGUGCCAAACGUUUGGUGAGCAUGUCAAAAGCGGUCUCCAUUGCAGCUGAAAGGACAAUCAGAGCAUAGAAGUUUGAAAGCACUGAGGAAAGAGGUCCUUGGUAGUCUGCACAGCAGUUGUCUUGACCACAGAAUAUCUCUUGGGCGGGAUGACCAUUUUCUCAGCAAUUAAACUGGCUGCUUAACUGCUGAUUAGUAUAUGUAAAGUGUGAGGCUGUGGGGCGAGAACACGGGAUCAUUUGCACAAUCUGGGGUUUGGUUCUGGCUUUGGAAUGUAAUUUACAAGGGGGAGAGGGGAGUGAGUGACUUUCUAGGUGGAAUCCUGGCAAACUUCCAAGUGCAUUAAUAUGACUUAAAACAGGCCAAUCAUGCCUCUGUAGGCAUUUAUUCAAUGGGUUUCUUGCGAACACUUUCAGUUGUUUGCCUAAAAUUUGGAGAGCUAAAAGUGUCUGUUCUGUAACUGAGGUGACUUACCUUUUUUUCUCCCCCUAAUAAAUAUGGCAAAGAACA